UUGUGGUCCAGAGCUCAAGCACGCUGCACCUCCCCAUUCCUCCUUUAAUAAACAUGGCUGAACUGAAAACGGACGGCGGAUUUUAGGACUGCACCCGUCUGCUGCAGCACCAGCACAGGGCUCGCACACACUCACUCACACUGUUGAUUCACACGAGAAGACUGAGCAUGAGCUGAAUGUUUACAGCGGGGAGCCAAAGUAGUGAAAGUUUGAGUGUGACAGCCGCUAACGAAGAGACUUGAGCGGGACGGACCAGCUCCAGCUGAGAUACUACUGCAUGCAAAGCGUAGACUAAAUACUGCUUUUGCAUUUAUGGAAACUAUGCGUGUCUACUGAAGAAACUCUGGAUUUAUUGCUCUGAAGUAAACCAAGACAGUCUGGCUUACAUUUGAAAGAGUUUUAAGCUGCUUUUAUAUGGAUUCACAGUUCACAUUUUUGUUGUGUUGUCCCGUUUAAAUGAUGUUCUCCGGUAAACAAACGAAGCCGACUUUUAAGUCUUAUCUUCCUCCACUUCAGACUGACUUGAAGAAAAGUCCUAUUCUGCCCAUCAAGAAGCUAGAAGCAAAACUUCUACCAGGUGAAAUAAUUGUGAACGAGGCUAACUUUGUAAGGAAGUGCAUCGGUGCAGAAAGCUGUCAGGAUGACCUCUGGGGGAAACUUGUGUGUACUAACUUCAAAGUUUCCUUCAUUUCCCAUAAUUCCUUGCCACGAAAGAGAUUCCAGUGCACCCACCGCCUCUUGGGCGAGCAUGAUAUCCCGCUGGCUUGCGUGGAGCAGGUAGUAACAGUGAAUGAUCUUAAGGGGAAGCAGAAGAUUUUAGGUUCCAAUCAGAAGUUGAAAUUUAACCCUACUGAGCUUAUCCUCUACUGCAAAGACUUCCGCAUCAUCAGAUUCCGCUUUGAUGAAGCCGGACCCGAGAGUGCUAAAAAGGUUUGCCUGGCCAUCGCUCAUUAUUCCCACCCUGCUGACCCACAGCUACUCUUUGGCUUUGAAUAUGUCGGAAAGCGAUACCAUGGAUCAACAGGUGAGCGGGUAAAUGGUGUUGACCCUGGCGGGGGGAUGCAGACCCCCCUGUUCGACUGCUCCUCAGACUGGGACAGAGAGAUCAAGCGUACUGGCGCCUCUGAAUGGAGAGUGUGUACCAUAAAUCAAGGCUAUUUCAUCUCGCCCAGUCUCCCAGAAUUCUUUGUGGUUCCGGUAUCUCUAGCAGAUCAGGAUCUGAAGCAAUACGCCUGCUUCUUUUACUCCCAGCGUAUCCCGUUAUGGUGCUGGAAUCACCCCAGUGGGAGCGCUCUGGUCCGCAUGUCUAACAUCAGUGACCCACAGCAGCAGAGGAAGGUGGAGCAGCGGAUUUCCAGUGCCAUCACUAAGAGCCACCCCCUCCGCAGUGAUGUCUUCAAGUCCGAUUUGGACAAAAACCUCCCAAACAUCCAGGAUAUUCAGGCUGCUUUGCUUAAACUGAGGCAGAUUUGUGUUAUAGAUCCCUUCGAGGAGUCUGAAGAGAAGUGGCUGUCAUCCUUAGAGAGCUCAAGAUGGAUGGAGUAUGUCAGAACAUUUCUACGGCAUGCAGUUGAGAUAGUCUAUAUGCUGGAGAGCAGAAAUGUGCCUGUCAUACUUCUAGAGAACGAGGAUCGGGACCUGAGUUGUGUGAUUUCCUGUUUGGUGCAGCUGAUGUGCGAUCCUCACUGCAGGAGUCUGCAUGGCUUCCAGGGACUGAUCCAGAAGGAAUGGGUAAUGGCUGGGCAUCGGUUCCUGGACCGCUGCAACCAUCUGAAGAAGAAUGACAAAGAGGAGUCUCCUUUGUUCCUGCUGUUCCUGGACUGUGUGUGGCAGCUGUGGAAUCAGUACCCAGCAGCCUUUGAGUUCACGGAGGUGUACCUGACAGUGCUGGGGGACAGUAUGUGGGUUCCCAUCUUCAGCACCUUCCUCUUCAACUGCCCCCGACAGAGAGCAGAGAACAGCAGGGAUUUUGCAAGCAGUAAGAGUAUUCACCUGGGGCAGGACCAGGCUCUGCGCUUUCCUCCAGUGUGGGACUGGUCUCAACAGUUCAGUCUUAAAGACCAGACUCUUUUUAAUAAUCCCCUGUAUGUGGGCAAGAUCGCCACCUGUGUGCAGAACGGCACAGUGAAGACAUUCACACACAGACGCAGCAAGAAAAACUACAGUUCCCCGCUGCGGGGUCUGCCCUCAGCUUUGCGAAAUGGAUCACUUGGACCAAACGACACGCUGGCGCGCCGGAACUCCCUCGUGCUGCGUCUCCGUUCGGAUUUGUCUCCGGUGCGGGAGCAGCAGGAGACCCCAUCGGAGCGCUUCAUCCGGGACUUCUUCUCUCAUCCUGUCGACCUACAGGGCCUGCUGCUCCCCCAGCUCCUCCCAUCUCACCUCUCUGUCUGGAAGCUCUACUUCCUGCGCUGGGUUCCCGAGGCUCAGAUUCCUCAGGGCGGCCCCAUCACCGCCUUCCACAAGCUCUCAGUGCUCACAGAUGAGAUUGAAAUGCUCCAGAGCCAGCUGAGGCAGUACAAAGGAGCAGGAAGUACCCCUAGAAACCUGCAGGCGGAGCACAGCAAAAUGUACUUUAAGGUGACUUCGACCUGUCACCAGACCCCUUCUCCUCCAGAGUACCUCAGCUCCUCGUUUCCUUUCUCUCCUGUUGGUAACCUGUGUCGCCCUGGCAUCCUGGGGACUCCUCUUAGCAAGUUCCUCAACGGAGCCAAGAUCUGGCUCUCUACAGAAACACUGGCUAAUGAGACGUUUUGAGGGCAGACUGCUGGGAUAGGACUGUGAGGUCAGACAAACAGGAAGAUCCUCUCAUUUUGAAUGUGCAGGCUUGAGGUACUGACAGUUACCUGGACAUUUUUACAGUCUGUUGAGAGUUGUCAGUCAGUGAAAUUUUUCUUUUUUUUUUUGCACAAUAUUAAAUAUUAAGCUCCAAUCGCACAUCAUUCUGACUUAGGAUUUGUUUGGAUCUGUCGUACACUGCCUCUCCUGUGUUAAGAUUUCUCAAUUUGAGGCUUGAGGCAUUAGUUGGAAAGGAAGUAGAACUGGUAAUAUUUCAUAUUAAGAUUCAAUUUGUUCUCAUUAGUUAAUGCAUUAGGUAUCUUGAACUAACAAUGAACAGUUUUUCUUAUCAUUGUUUAUUCAUAAUACCUUUACUAAUUUAUACAAAUGAGUACAGUAUAUGUAGAAUUUAAAUUAACCAAGUUUAAUAAACGCUGGUUAUUGAAACCUAAUGCAUUAAUUGAUGUGACAGAUUGAUCAUUAAUAUAUAGUGUUUUUGUAGAACAAUAAAUUAAAUCUAUGGUAUAAAAUGUGCAUAUGUUUUAGCUUUUAAUCCUGAAAUUCAUCGUUGGAGAUUUCUUGAAACCUUCUGGUAAGGUCUAACUUUAGUUAGCUAGCUGCAUUAAAAUCAAUAACCAAAAUUGUGAAACUUGAUAUAGGAAUUGACAGGGUUUAUUGGUGUAAACCUGUAUAGCAGGCAAUAAGUGUGCACAGAUGGGUGUAUGUCGGGCUGGCUGGAUUCCGGUCUUUCUAAAGCACAGCUUGGCUGUCUGAAGGUGACUGACCGCGCGCGGCUCAAGCCAGUCAGCCGGUUGAUUUGGCUUGCAGUGCGGUCAGUGUCUCAAACAGCAUCUGACUGUCAGAAAAGACAUUUCCAAUUUGUUGCUAAUGCACCUGUGAACUUUAGAGUUAUUUUACUAGUGUGACUGUAACGUUGGUUUGUCUUGGUUUGAUGCGUAGUCUUUUUAAUUAUAGAUUUUUAUUAUGGUUGGGGACUGUAUUUUAUUUUAUAUUUUCCAAUUUAUAUUCCUUAACUACUUGUUCCUAGAACUGGUACUUAUCCUUUUCUCCUGAUACUCUUUAACAGGAUGUUUACCAGUUUACCAGUAGUGCUGCAAUGAGUAUGAAAACUGUGUUUGUUCUAAUGGCGUGGUUUGAUUUGUCAAACAGCUCUGAUAUUUAUUCAGUUAUUCAAAGAAACCUAAACAGGGAUAUUGUACAGAUCCUCUGUGCUUUGUUGUGGGCCCUCUUUGCAGUGUACCUGUUCCUUUUUCUGGUCAUUAAAAAGCUACAAAAUGCAUCACAGGAGUUUCCCCUCUGAUGUGUGAAUGGAAGUACGCUGACUAAUUCCAAAGCUUUGUGUGGCAGUUGUUUAGAUAUCCGUGGUUGCUCAGUUGUGUCUGUGUAGAGGAUCAAUGGCGGUUCUUAAUCUUAGUUUUUGUUUGUGAGCUCAGGGGAGCCUUGUGAGGCAAUAUGCAAAAUUUGGCUCUUUGAGAUUUUCAUGCAAAUAAAAAGAAUUGCCACCUUUGAA